UCCUCCCUCCCCCACCGGGUACAUUUGACCCCAGCCUCAGCUCUCAGGUCUCCUGCGCUUUGUGGGGUCCCAGGGACUCUCAGGUCGCCCUCCGGGUGGCCUGGUGACCCUUUCCAGAUGGCGCCAGCCCAGAGCUGGGCGGUGGGCUGAGGCCUGGGGCGGCCAGCCCCUCCCAGGGCAAGAGGUGUCCCGUGUGAAGCGCUGGGGUGAGCCUGGGAGAGGCAGCGUCAGAGCUCCCCAGGCUUGGGUCUCUGCAGGGUUGGUCCCAAACCCCUCAGGCACCCGCUCCUCCACCCGCUGGGCCGCCCCUGCUCCUUGCCCAGCGACCCCUCUCUCUCCAUCACUCACCCGUCCUGUCUGCUUGAUUGCGCUGGCGGUGCCCUGCCCGCCGGCCUGAGCCCAGAGUCUGUCGGGAUGGUGGCAGCCAGAGUGACUCCAGGUGUGACGGGGCAUUGCGGAGGGUGCUCUGGGGGCUGAAGAGCCGGGUGGGCUGGGAGGGGCUUCCCGAAGGAGCAUGCUCCUGGCAGCGAGUGGGGCGGGGGCCUGCUGCAGAAGGCGCGUGCUCUGCGCUCUGGGUGCUCAGCCGCGGUGUCUACUUGGAGCCUCUGUCCGCGCUCUGGUGCCCACGGCAGGGACGAGGGGGACCCAGCCACGGCCCCGCCCCAGCAGCUGCCCUCCCUUCCUCCUGAUGACCUGGUGGGGGCGGGGGUACAGAAUGGGGCUUCUCCGCAUUCCUUGGGGGGUCCUGCUCGUCUUGGCAGCGGAGGCAGUGGGCCGGGUGACGCAUUGUCCCCGCUUUGUGGGUAAUGGGUGGGGUGUGGGGCAGCACCCCUGCCCUCCUCCUCCUGGCCUCUGCACGUUCCCAUAGCACCUCCGCCCCCUGCCCGCUUUCCUGGGAACGCUGGUGCUCACACAGAGCUCCCUCAGUUCUCACCAUGGCAACCGGGAUGGCCAGGAGCAGGCAGGCUGGUACCUGGUCCCCUGGCUACAGGUGGCGGGGAGGAGCCUGUAGGGAGAAGGAGGCCGUGGCCUGGGGACUGGCUCCCAGAUGGGCCUCUCCCUCUCGCCCUCUGGGAAGGCCACCUGUAGCUGGUGUUGCCAGGGAGGGGCUGGGGGCCUCUCCACCUGAUGGCCCUUCACCCUCCCCAGGGGAGGGCUUGCCCCAGCCCAGACUGGAAGAUGAGAUCGACUUCCUGGCCCAGGAGCUAGCCCGGCAGGAGGCGGGGCACUCCAGGCUCACGGCCCCACCCCAGCCGGAGGGGCGACAGCGGCUCCUGGAGGCUGCAUCCACCCUGGGGCUCUCAGAGCGUGGCCGGGGCCCCAACCUGGGCCUCCCCUCCACGCGGGGAGCGCCCACGCCCCGCACCUCCUCCCUGCGCUCCACUGUGUCAUCUGGGCCUGUGCACAUGUCCCCGCUGGAGCCGCGGGGCGGGCGUGGUGACAGCCUUGCCCUCCUGCUGAUCGUGGCGUGCUCCGUGGCCGGCGCGGCCAUCCUUGCCGUGGCCGUUCUCUGCUGGUGUCGGCUGCAGCGAGACGUUCGCCUGACCCAGAAGGCCGACUACGCGGCCCCGCAGGCGCCCAGCUCCCCAGCCACGCCCAGGAUCUCGCAGCCCGGGGACCAGCGGCUGGCGCACAGCGCGGAGAUGUACCACUACCAGCACCAGAGGCAGCAGAUGCGGUGCUUGGAGCGGCAUAAGGAGCCCCCCAAGGAGUUGGACUCUGCCUCCUCUGACGAGGAGAACGAAGACGGCGACUUCACCGUGUACGAGUGCCCCGGCCUGGCCCCGACUGGAGAGAUGGAGGUGCGGAACCCACUGUUCGACCACGCCUCGCUGUCCGCGCCCCCGCUGCAGUGACCCGAAAGCUGGUGCCCACCCUCUCGUGGACGCGCUGCCCACGGGUGGGGAGGGGCAGGGCCCAGCCUUUCCCAUUACAGAGACUGUGUCCUGACGCUCGUGUGCUUGUGGCUGGGGCCCCGGGGCGGCCGGGAACGCCUUGCCGGGGAGACUCCCCCUGCUGCCAGGGGCCUUCUCUGCUCCUUGCACCUGCCCCUCACCUCUGGACCCCCCCAGUCGAGGGGAGGAAGACAACCCGAGAGGCAAGGCAUGGAUUGGGAAUCCCGGAGACAAGCCAAUUAAAGUACAUUUCAAAACUUCG